GAUGGUGGUGGACUGCCUCAUCAUGUUGAAGGGAGAGAUGCAAUGGUCGAAGUCCACCGUCCCUUCGUGGUUCCUACCGUUAGCCGCAGAGUGGAUGAAGGACAAAGCAGAUGUAAUUUUCUCCGAGCUUGAGCUUAAGGAUCGGGUCGACCUUUUGCGGAAGCGGUACUACACGUUCAAAGUUGUCCUCCGCAUCCGUGGUGCGUGCCUAGACGCACCAACGAAAGCUAUUGUGGCACCGGCUGACUCAUGGGAGAAGAUGCUCAAGAUGAACGCCUUCGCGGGUGCGUAUUUCUAUCAGCAAGAACCCAUUUGCGCACGCCUCGCUUGUGUGUUUGGGUUAGAUGACGUAGAGGUCGAGGGCCAGACUACGGUGGUCGUCAUCUCUGACAACACCGAAGUGAUACAUUCUGAUUCGAUCAAAAUCAACGAUGUCGUCGAAGGAGAAGAAGAAGUUAACUCCCCGGUCGUGUUCCCUGGGCCAAAAGUUCACCGAAAGUUGUUCGACGAGGACGCAGAGCUGUUGAUCUUGAGUCCACUACCGAGGACGGAGACUGCUUCGUAGACCUAGGGGCGGACGGGUAUAUGCGAUAUCGGGAGUAGAAGGGAAGGAUGCUUCCCAAACCACCCGGCCCAUCUCGCGACGUGGGAGGUCCUUCAGCCUUGAAGUCGCCUCAUGCAAGUUCCUGCGGCUCAAACAGCCCGAUGAAAGGGUGGCCGCAUAAUGUUAAGCGGCCAUGAGCACCCUGUAGUUGGGUGGUUGAAGCCCUUGUGUUAUGAUCCGUGAUAUUGUGUUUAUUGGUAGUUCAAAGUGUGCAAGGGCUUCUGUUUUGUGUGCUUCAAUGUAUUUAGGUAUGUUAUAAUGGUGUCUAAGAUGUGUCAUGGUAUGAGGUGGUUCUAAGUUUCA